GCCGAACCCCGCUCAACAUCCGAUUUUUGAGCCGGAUGGCGAUGAAAUGUGGGCAAUGCAGAAUCUGGGAUUUGAGAGGUACUACAGGCAAGGCCCUCCACCAGAAGAAGUGGUGAGGGCUGUGGAGGAGACCUAUGAGCGAGAGACAAAAUAUCGCGAAUCCCCAACAUUACACUGCCUUGGAGGCAACGAAUGCGAAACCUUCCUAAGAUCUAGAGCUUCAGAGAUCGAAGGAAUUAUUGAACGAACUUUAGGGGUGGAGUUCAGCAAACUUAAGCGACAACAACCAGUGAUCUUUCAGGGUGAAGGUGGCCAGUCCGGCUAUAGAAUGGCCCACCCUUCCGGUAUUGGGGCAGACGGAUUUUCGGUUUUUGGGGUAGUAAGAGGCUCGGCAUCUAUUGUUUUGUACACCGGGUUUCUGGAGGAGCCUGGAGCCCGGUAUGAGCCCAAGCUCGACAACACUGAAUUAUUGGCAGUACCGGGUCAAACCUUCGUCGAAAUCAGGCCCACUGAUGGUGUUCUGAUAGUUUGGUGGGGAUUUUCCAGGGAGCUUAUCCUUGCUAAAGCUGCAUCGCCUUUUGUUUUGCCUUUUAUGGUUUUUGAUCCGCGGGGGAGAACCUAACAUCACCGGACUCGGAUAGGUGUCCUAUUGGAUUCCUAUAUGCUGACAGUGUUGUAAAGCCGUCGGUACUCGCGGAAUUCUUCUAUUAAACGUCUAUUGUCGUUAAGGGUUGACAUAAAGCUGCUUGACAAGAGAUCUAUUAAUCGAAGGAUCUCCUUAUCAGAGAGCCAUAGGAGCUUUGGCAGGGACGGUAGGAGGACUAUUGAACAAUUUUCCACUCCGACGCGCGUUUCAAUUUUUUGGAGUUGUCGUCCACAACGGAAACUAUUUCUGAUCACAUGAUUGGGCUCAAGACCAUAACGGCGAGAAAGAGAAGCCGCAAGUCCAAUACGGCCGGUUUUGUUUGUCGACCUAAAUGGUACUGUAUUGAAUUGCUGUAGCCUCUGGGCCCAACAAAUGCACGUCAGGAGACGGAUGAAGAGAUCCC